CACUAACGUUUCCGUAACUCAUGUUGACCCACCCGUUGGCCCAUGGCAAGGAGUGACAUUCUUGAAAACUUAAAGCGCCCAAUUCAUCUACUGAGUUCCUCGAGGUAGAAGAGAGAAGACUUGUGAGUUUCAAAAGUGUUGGAAGGAGUUGGAUAUAUCACUGGAGUUCUUGAGAUUCGGGCACAUUCUGGUUAGCAGGUCCAGUCAAAAAAUAUUCUGAUAUUUUUGUGCAUUUUUUCUCUGUAGUAUUACAGGUUUGCAAAAAUAUGCGCCACGAAGUUCUGAACUCGUGGCUGAGAAGGUGAAUUUAUGAAUUCUUAAAACAGUACUUUAGAGGAAAAUGUUGAGCGCAGGGUCGACCUUGGGAUGAAGGAAAUGCUCGCGAACGUAAAUUAUCAGAAUCUAAGGUUUAUUAAUCAUGGGCGAACAACCAUUUCGGAUGCACUUCGGAUACAAAGAAGUGAUUCGGAAGCUGCUCCUGUUGGCGAGCUCCGCACUUUUUCUGCGAGCUUCCGUUGAAGCAACCAGUUUAUCGAAUUUUCUGAUAGGAAUGGGAAGCUAUGACAUCACUGGACCAGCGGCCGACGUUAAUAUGAUGGGGUAUGGAAAUACCGGCCAGAGUGCAGCGGGGAUUCAUUUCAGACUUCGCGCACGCGUGUUCAUUGUGGCAGAGGCUUCCAAUAUAACUGACGGGAAGAGAGUGGUGUUCGUCAACCUCGAUGCCUGCAUGGCAUCCAUGGUCGUCACUCUGCGUGUUCUUUCUCGACUCAAACAGAGAUAUGGUGACUUGUACACUGCGAAGAAUGUUGCAAUCAGCGGCACGCACACGCAUUCGGGGCCAGGGGGUUACUUGCAAUAUGUGCUCUACCUUGUGACCUCACUUGGUUUUGUGCGCCAGUCAUUUGAAGCGCUGGCUAAUGGCAUUGAGCUGGCCAUCGUUGAAGCUCACGAGAAUCUUCGGCCUGGCUCUAUUUUUCUCAACGGAGGGGAGGUUUUAGGAGCGAACAUCAAUCGCAGUCCAAGUGCGUAUCUCAACAAUCCCAUUGAAGAGCGUUUACGAUACAAGUACGACGUGGACAAGGAGAUGUCCUUGCUGAAGUUCGUAGACUCUGAGCGGGGACCUGUGGGUUCCUUCAGUUGGUUUCCUGUCCACGGAACCUCUAUGAACAGAACGAACCAGCUGAUAAGUGGGGACAAUAAAGGUGCAGCUGCGCGGUUCAUGGAAGACUGGUUUCAGAGAAGAAAACUGAAUGCAACACAUGAAGACGCAGGUUGGGUCGACUUUGUGCAGCAUCGUGGGGCUGCAACUCGUCGUUCCAGCACCUAUGGAAAUGCCCGCAACGGAUCCGGAAGAACAGGCCAUGAGGCUGGCGAAAAUGGACCUUUAAGAAGGCAUCCCAGUGGUAGGCUUUCCAGCAACACGCAGAAAGUGAGAAGUAAAUUUUCCCGCUCAAUGAGUUCCUCCUUCGUGUCAGCGUUCUGUCAAAGCAACGUCGGUGACACCACCCCAAAUACAUUGGGACAAUUUUGUCUUGAUUCUGGACUUCCAUGUGAAUUCUACACCAGCACAUGUAACGGAAAGAGUCAACAGUGUGUAGGCCGAGGUCCUGCGUACCCUCGUGAUCACUUUGAGAGCACAAGGAUGAUUGGGGAGAAGCAGGCUGAAGCUGCAACCAAAUUUUUUCAAGAAGCUCAGGUACAAGUACAUGGAAAAAUCUCUUUCAAACAAACCUUCGUCAACUUUUCACGCCUUUCAGUAGGUCUACCGUCUGGAGAAAUCGUUUCAACGUGCCCAGCUGCGGUUGGAUUUGGCUUCGCUGCUGGUACUUCAGAUGGACCUGGAGCUUUCGAUUUCACCCAAGGUGAUAAGCAGGGAAAUCUUUUUUGGAGACUGGUAGGUGGAGCAUUGCACCGACCUAGCCAGGAACAGAUCAACUGUCAGAAACCAAAGCCCAUACUUAUUGACACGGGCGAGAUAUCUACACCUUACGCUUGGACGCCAUCCGUGCUUCCAAUCCAGAUACUUCAAAUUGGGCAGUUCAUCGUCCUGUCGGUUCCUGGAGAAAUGACAACAAUGGCAGGUCGGCGACUUCGAAAUGCGGUGAAGGAGACUCUUAUUGAAAAAGGAAGUGGGCAAUUCAACUCUGAAACCCAUGUUGUCAUUGCCGGUCUAGCGGGCGACUAUUCUCAGUACAUUACAACCUAUGAGGAAUACCAAGUUCAAAGAUACGAGGGCGCUUCCACCUUGUUUGGUCCUCACACACUCCAGGCCUACAUACAGGAGUUCAAGAAGCUGGCCGGAGCUCUUGCGCUAGAAACAGAACCCGCACCUGCACCCCUUCCGCCAAAUCUGCUUGAUCUACAGCACGAAUUCCUUCCAGGCGUUGAGGCAGAUCGAACACCCCCUGGAAUCACCUUCGGUGACCUCAAACAAGACGUGCAGCCCAAUUCUUCAUAUCGGACAGGUGACACCGUGUCAGUCUCGUUCUACACCGGGAAUCCACGGAACGAUCUAUUCACGGAGGGCAGUUAUGCUUUGGUUGAGAUGAUUGAUGGAGCUAGUGGGUGGCAACCCAUGUAUGACGACGACGACUGGAGCUUGAAGUUUCGGUGGAGCAGGUCUUCCCCGAUGAGCAUCAUCAGUAUUGCUGAACUUGAUUGGACUAUUCCCAAGACUGCCCCACGAGGUGUCUACAGAAUGCGUCAUUUCGGUGCACACAAGUCCUUCCUUGGACCGAUCCAGCGCUUCACGGGGACGUCUAGCGGAUUCCUCGUCGCAGGUUAGAGAGUCUCCUGGAUGCAUCGCAGGCUCUGCAAUGCUUCAUGGAAAUGCUUCCGACAACCUGAUUGAUACCUUCGCUAAUACACUGGUUUAUAUCCUCGACAGUACUCUGGCUGAUACCCUUUUCGAAUCGUUGUAGGUAUCCGCAUUUCCCCGAUAAGCAACUUCUUCGAUUAUGCAAACUUUUAACAGACUUAGUUGUGUUUGGCUUGCUUUAGUGGAAGAGAAAUCAACGUUUUGCAUUGAUUUA